AUGGCGCCGACUCCCCCAUGCACUCACACAGCACUGAGAGCCUCCCCCCCUCGUUUCCCACACUCAGAGGGAGACGACGCAGGCAGCAGGGCCAGCUCUCCUUCCCCUACCAGAGAGCGAUCAGGACAUAAAGAACUCCAACAGAAAAUCGAUCGCAUGUUACAGAGGGCUUUACAUAGCACUUCUAAGCAGAUUACUGAAAAACUGACAAAGGAGAUUUGUGACCUUGGUCACAGAAUAGCCGAGCUUGAAUCCAAGAUGGACAAUGCUGUUGUAACAUUGAACACACAUGAUGGUGAGUUAGACAUCAUCAAAGAUGAAAACCUACAACUUAUGUCUAAACUGGAGAAUCUGGAAAAUCGGUCCUGCCGCUCGGAUCUACGGAUUCGCGUUUUUUCUGAAUCAGUGACUGAUCUCCAGGCUUUCACUAUGGCCCUGCUCCAAGAAUUAGCCAGCGAAGCCCGCGUGGUACAGCUCCAUCUGAGAGCCCUAGAGCGCCCCUACCUCCACGCUCACCACAACAGCAAUGGAAGCGCCACACCUCAGGAGUCUCAGACUCGGACUCUGAUGGCUGACAGCACCAGCAGGAUGGUUCCGGUAUCUCGGUGCUCAGAUCCCUGUUUACCUGGAAGCAGAAAGAAGUUUGGAUCAUCAAUUCAUGAAUGUUGCUAUGACUGUAUCCCAUGUCCAGAAGGAGAAAUAUCCAACAUUCCUGACAGUGAAAACUGCAUGAAAUGUUCUGAUGAAGAAUGGCCAAAUGAGAAGAAGGAUCGGUGUGUUCCAAAAUUGAUGGAAUUUCUCUCCUACACUGAUGAUACAAUUGUUGCAGUAUUUUCAGCUGUCUCCAUCCUCUGUUGCCUUCUGACUGGUGUAAUAUUGGGGAUGUUUAUACAUUACCAGGACACACCCAUUGUUAAAGCUAAUAACCGGAACCUGAGCUAUCUUCUCCUGGUCUCCAUCAUGCUGAGCUUCCUCUGUGUCUUCUUGUUCCUCGGCCAUCCAGUAGAUGUAACCUGCAUGCUGCGUGUAACCUCUUUUGGUGUCAUCUUCUCAGUUGCCGUCUCUUCUCUUCUUGCCAAAAGUAUCAUGGUGUGUAUUGCUUUUAAAGCCACCAAACCUGGGAGUUCCUGGAGGAAAUGGAUGGGAAUCAAAUUGCCGAAUUCUAUCAUGUCUGUGUUAUCAAUGGUGCAAGUUAUAAUCUGUGUCACUUGGUUGUCUAUUUCUCCUCCCUUCCAGGAUCGAGACACUCACUCUUAUCAGGGAAAGAUCAUCAUUCAGUGUAAUGAGGGUUCAGUUAUCGGCUUCUACUCUGUCCUGGGAUAUAUGGGACUUCUGGCAGCUGUGAGCUUCAUUAUAGCUUUUUUAGCCAGGACAUUACCGGACAGUUUUAAUGAGGCCAAGUACAUCACCUUCAGCAUGCUGGUGUUCUGCAGUGUCUGGAUUGCCAUGAUCCCGGCCUAUCUGAGCACCAGAGGGAAAUACAUGGUGGCUGUGGAGAUUUUUGCUAUAAUGGCCUCAAGUACUGGACUUCUUGGCUGUAUAUUUUUCCCAAAAUGUUACAUCAUUCUGUUCAGACGUGAGCUGAAUACAAAAUCUGGUUUGCUUGAAAACAGAGGAUAA